AUGGGACUUCCGUUUACCUCUGGUGAAGAGCAUCAAUGUGAGUGGCCACAAAUACGGCCUUGCCGGUGUUGGCUGGGUUGUCUGGAGGAGCCACCAGACGACCUUCUUUUCCAUAUCAACUACCUUGGAUCUGAUCAACCUACUUUCACCUUCAACUUCUCCAAAGGUUCUAGCCAGAUCAUUGCCCAGUACUAUCAAUUCAUAAGACUUGGUUUUGAGGGCUACAAAAGCAUAAUGGAGAACUGCAUGAAAAACGCAAUGAUCCUAAAAGAAGGGAUCGCUAAGACCGGGCGUUUCGACAUCAUCUCUAAAGAUGUUGGAGUGCCGGUCGUGGCCUUCUCCCUCAAGGACAGCACCAACUAUACAGUUUUCCAGAUAUCCGAAUCUCUCAGGAGGUUCGGAUGGAUUGUCCCGGCGUACACCAUGCCUCCCAAUGCAGAGCACGUUGCAGUGCUCCGCAUUGUAGUGCGAGAAGACUUCAGCCAUACACUGGCGGAGAGGCUCAUCCCAGACAUGGAGAAAGUAGUCAAGGAGUUCGACGCGAUGCCGCCUCGUGCUACUGUAAAAGAAGCUCAUGUCACUGCCGAUGACGGUAAGAGGUCGGAGAAGAGCGUCGUCGAGGUUCAGAGGGAUGUAUUCAGCUACUGGAGGAAGAUUUCGGACAAGAAGAGCAGCGGUGUCUGCUAGAAUUUCACACACAUGAUUCUGUGUGAUCUUGUUAUGAUAAUGCUUAUGUUAAGGUUUGUUGUUGUUGU